AUGGUAAAAAGAAAAUCCAAUGACAGCGAGCCUAUGCCGCACAAAAGGGCCAAGCUCAAUCACCCAACUGCAGCUGUUGUAGACUGCCAGACUCUCGAUCUCAAUACCUCACAUAGCACUCUCUUGUCGCCUGCGCGGCUCCAGAAGCGCAAGAGGACGACGGACCUACCGGAUGAUCCAUCAACUGCUAAACGAGCUAAACGAUGCUCAUCUGAUCCAGAGCUUCUCCUGUGGCAGGGCCUUGAGGAGCAGCCACGUCCAGAAGGAGAGGAACCGCACUACGACUUGACUCAGACGUAUUUCCGACAAUCAAAAAUAAGUGCUAUGCGCUUCUUAGACGAACACAGGCGACACGAUAGAGAUUCUGACCACCGAAACCCCCUACCAAGUCCAGAUCUUUCUGAUGACGAAGUAGCGCAACAUGCCACCAUCGAGUCCUUUUCGGUACGGGAUGCCACGCCGCCAGCAUCAGCUAUACUUCAAAGAGAAGCGACGCCACCUCGAAAAAAGAAGCGGGAACCUCGCAUGCAGAGCAAAAACAGGGCCGAGAUUGCUCUGUUUACGCUGGACAGAGAGCAGAUUUUUUUACGCUCUAAGCGAUCAUCUAGACGAGACCAAGGGUGCAGUCUGUGGCAUCUAGCCGAUGACGGAAAAGCACGCCCUGUGGUUUAUACGUGA